AUGUCUCUGAAGGUCUGCAUCGUGGGCUCUGGCAACUGGGGAUCCGCCAUUGCAAAAAUAGUGGGCGAAAAUGCUGCCAAGCUGCCUCAGUUUGAUAAUGUGGUGAACAUGUGGGUGUUUGAAGAAUUAAUAGGAGGGAAAAAAAACUGACAGAGAUCAUCAACACAGAUCAUGAAAAUGUCAAAUACUUGCCUGGACACAAGCUGCCUGCCAAUGUGGUGGCUGUGCCGGAUUUGCUGGAUGCAGCGGCCGGGGCCGAUAUCUUCAUCUUUGUCGUCCCUCAUCAGUUCAUUGGGAAAUUAUGUGAUCAGCUGAAAUCUCAUGUAAAGAAAGGAGCGUUUGGCGUGUCUCUCAUAAAGGGUGUAGAUGAGGGGCCAGAAGGUCUCCGACUCAUAUCAGAUAUCAUUCGGGAGAGGUUGAACAUCCCCAUGACCGUGUUGAUGGGUGCCAACAUUGCCAAUGAAGUUGCAGAUGGAAAGUUUUGUGAGACAACAAUCGGCUGCAAAAAUAAGGAGCAAGGAAAGAUCUUGAAGGAUUUGUUCCAAACAGCAAAUUUCCGUAUCACAGUGGUGGAGGAAGCCGACACAGUGGAGAUUUGUGGAGCUCUUAAAAACAUUGUCGCUGUGGGAGCUGGUUUCUGCGAUGGUCUUGGAUUUGGAGAUAACACAAAGGCUGCCGUCAUCAGGCUCGGAUUGAUGGAGAUGAUUGCCUUUGCCAAACUAUUUUGUGCCCCACCGGUAACGUCUGCCACCUUCCUGGAGAGCUGCGGCGUUGCUGAUCUCAUCACAACAUGUUAUGGCGGCAGGAACAGAAAAAUUGGUGAAGCCUUUGCACGCACUGGAAAGUCCAUAGAGCAGCUAGAGAAUGAGAUGCUGAAUGGACAGAAACUGCAGGGACCACAAACCUCAGCGGAGCUCAAUCACAUCCUCAAGAGUAAAAACAUGGUGGAGAAAUUUCCUCUCUUCACUGCUGUAUAUCUGAUCUGCUAUGAAGGAAAACCUGUAACAGAGUUUAUUACAUGCCUCCAGAAUCACCCUGAGCACAUGUAA